GUCCAGUAGGAGAACACCUGUCUCCAACCAACACCCAUGUGACGUUGCCGUCUGGUAUAAGUGAAGGUAAGCUAUGGAUUUAAAAAAACUUAUUGACAUGGAAAUCAUCAACAACUAUUUAAUACUAAUUGUACAUACUUCUAGGUCCAGUAGGAGAACACCUGUCUCCAACCAACACCCAUGUGACGUUGCCGUCUGGUAUAAGUGAAGGUAAGCUAUGGAUUUAAAAAACUUAUUGACAUGGAAAUCAUCAACAACUAUUUAAUACUAAUUGUACAUACUUCUAGGUCCAGUAGGAGAACACCUGUCUCCAACCAACACCCAUGUGACGUUGCCGUCUGGUAUAAGUGAAGGUAAGCUAUGGAUUUAAAAAACUUAUUGACAUGGAAAUCAUCAACAACUAUUUAUUACUAACGAUACAUACUUGCUGUAGGUCCAGUAGGGGAACAACCGUCUCCAAGCAACACCCAUGUGACGUUGGCAUCUGGUAUAAGUGAAGGUAAUGUCAGUAUGACAAAAGUAUUCAAUCAAUUGUAAAGAUAUUGUAAAACAUAUUUAUAAUAUAGCGUUUGUAAAUUCUGAACGCUGAUUGGCUACGAGCCAUGCUGACAUAACUCUUUUUCAACACGAAACAUUUCCCGCCGUUCCUUAGUUAAAUUCAAAAGCGUAUUCCCCAAAUUUGUGCUAUAUUAUAUAAAAAAAUAUAAAACCUGUUUCCGUUUUGAUAUACAGUUAUAUCAGCACUCGUGGAAAUUGGGAAAACUCGAAAUUGUGUGAAAGCACUCCGCCCUCCAGGCGUCGAGUUUCCACACAAUUUCUCGUUUUUCCAAUUUCCACUCGUGUUGAUAUAACUGUAUACCAACACGGAAAAUGUUUAUAUUUGUUAAAUGUCAACGGCAUAUUUAAUAAAAUAUCACAAACGUCUCUUACCAAUCAUUCAAAAAUUAUUUUAGAACAAUUAUCAAGCCAAUUUACCACCUAAGAGGGAAGGCAUACAAGAUGAUUUCAAAGCUCUUCUGCCUACCAUCAAAGUCAAGCUUGCUGAAAUGGGUAUCAAAAUUACCAAACACCCUGGUUUUACAAAAUCUGUCCUCGAUGCCAUUGCAGAUACAAAAUGA